CUUCACUUCACUUCCAACGACAUUAUUCACAUGCUCCUUUGACUUAGAGGAAUUCCAUAGACAACGGAACGAUGUUGAAUCUGAAUCUAUCAGCCUCAUUAAAUAUUACAAGGCUUAUAUUCAAGCCGAGUCUGUGCUUACCUCAUCACACAGUCUCAACUUUCAAUGACUUGCCGAUUCCUCUAGAAAAAGGCUUGCAAAAAGAUGGUCGAAAAGUAGAGAUCAAGGCUGUUGUUCUCGACAAAGAUGAUUGCUUUGCUUAUCCCGAUAGUAUUGAGGUGUAUGAAUCUUACAAGACUCACUUCGAAAAGUUAAGGUUGGCUUAUCCUGGUCGCAAGUUACUCGUGGUGUCAAAUACUGCUGGCGCAACAUCAUGGGAUAAGAAUUUGAAGCUAGCUGCAGAGGUCGGAGAGAAUACAGGAAUCACUGUGCUCUCGCACUCGGUCAAGAAGCCAGGAUGUGGCCAAGAGAUCAUGGAAUAUUUCAAAAAGCACCCAGAGACAGGAGUGACAGACCCUGCACACGUUGCGUUCGUUGGUGAUAGACUGACGACCGACAUGAUGCUUGCAAAUAUGACAGGCGGGUGGGGUUUUUGGGUCAGAGACGGAGUAAUACCUUUCGAAAAGAAGAGCAUCUUCUCGAGAUUGGAACGUCCUUUAGCUUCUUUCCUCUUUGCUAGGGGUAUUCGUGCUCCUGAACCCCGCAGCAUCUUUGAGGAGUAGCUAUGUCGGAAACUGUCGAAGGGAAAAGUCAGAGUCAAACGGCUCGUCUGAACUUCUCCGUUUACAUUGAAUCACAAUGGGAUCUGCUCUAUUGUCCUUCAUUCAGUACCGGCACCUGACCUUUCAUAAGCAUUAUCAUGGCUUAAACAGACAAUGCAAACGGGACUGAAUCACUCAUCUAUUGUCCUGAG